CUGGAGUCCAGUCCCGUUCGCUUUUGUUCCGCUCCCCAAGGUCGCUACUCCGCCAACGAGACUGGGCGCCGUUAGGAUUCAAACGCUUGACGAUGACGUCAUGUAAUGAGCUAACUUAGGCACGCCCCCUGCUGACAGCUGCUAACGAUUGGAUGACCCCGCCGCGCAGUAGUCGAAUCAACAUGCAAUAUUUUUCACGUGACCAAAUGUUUUGGAAUGGAGGUCACAGCUCGCGGGAAACUCACAGACCUUCUACGCAGUCAACUUCUAGCGUACAGAUAAGUCCUUAGUUGGCUUUUUUGCCACAUGUUUCUGAUUAGCUCGGUGAUACAGUAUAUCCUGCGAUGGGUCGGGGAGGAAUUUUUCUCAGAUACAGACAGAGACGGCGAUGUCUCGGCCGGGUCGGUCGACAGGCAAGUGGCUGUCAGACUUGCAUGAUUUCUGUCGACUUUGUGGCAAGAACCAGAGAAUCAGGGGCACGCUACAGCAUGUCGUGGUAAUUUUCGACGAUCGUAUAAAAAAGGGAGACAUAAAAAAGGGAGAUCCUCCUGUAGUUACAUUGCCUUCUGUUGCCACCGUUCUGCUGUCACUCGGCCUGAAAAUCUCCAAGGAUGACCCAUCAAAGUCUCGCAGAGUUUGCGAAACAUGCGCACGUCGUGCUGAUAAUAUCAAAAAGUCAAUGGACGAGUACUUGGAAACAUGGAAACAAAACGAGACGUCCGGAUCCGGAAAGCAGACUCCAACGUCAGCGAAAGGUGCAGAGAAACGGUGCAGGGAGACUCCGUCUAAAACUCCCAGGGACUCGAAGAAAAGACUGAUCCGCACACCUCUGAAAUCCACACUGACGGCGACUCGAGAACAGGCGGAACCACAAGACACCGUCCGUGUUCAAGAGAAAGAUAAAGAGAACAGGACACUGGCCAACGCUCCUGAUCGCAAAAGUGAAACAAAGGUCACUGUUACCUACUCCAGCUUGGUCCGGAAUUAUUCAUGUGACAAUAGCCUCGCAGGGGUGGUAGAGAAUCUUGCCAAGGGUAAUCUUGCGACAAGUGCGAAACUGAUGAUGACACACCCCAAACUCUCAUCAGAGAUUCAGAAACAGAUUGAACUCAAAGUAGAGAAGGAGGCCUCUACCCUAUUGUCAACGGGCAAGCUUGGACCAAGCAUUCUUCGCAAAACAUCACCGAAGGAUUUGGAGACAUUCUCUUAUGAUGAAAUGGAACAGGAGCUGAAGUCAAGGGCACCCACUAUACAUUCAGUUCUUUCCACUGUGGGUAACCAGAAAACUAUCCACACGUGUGUUGCAGCAUCUAUCAUCAUAAGGGCGAAAGACAACAAAAUGUCAGCCUUGGCCUACGUGAUCAAUUGCAUUCUACAACAUGGGGGGGUUAAGAGGUCAGUAUUUGACAGACUUUGCAAAAUGGGAAUUACUACAUCACACAAGCAUGCCAUAAGAAAGCAAAAUGAAAUGUCUGAACAUCAUGAUGAGCCAGUAAAGCAAUGGAGAAAGGAGAUAGAACAGUACACACCUCCGGGUAUGCUGGCAGGCAGCUCUGAAGAAAGCUGGGACACUAACUUCCAAUGUGUCAUCACUGACGAGGAACUGGCCAUGAUGGACAUAGGAAGGCUCCACAUCACAAGUCCACCACCAUUAGUCAACAGUCCGCCCCGCCCAUACAGUAUCAUCUUUGACAAUCUGAACUUCCACAUCAAGAUUCAUCACCAAACUACCAGCCAACACAACAAAAUCUACAACUGGACACACCACAUGGCAGUACAAGAUAGAGUCACCCCCCACCAUCUUCCUGACAACGGCGCCACUAAACCACUCCCUGACAUUGAUCUGGAUGAAGUUUUACCCACUAUCCAUACACAGGUGCAUUACAGAAGAGAGCUCAUUGCCCUGUGUAGUCGGACCAUCACUUUCUACUGCCUCGCCUUCAAACCCUUUCAGGAUACAGUACUGCGUCACCUUCCACACCAGUACAGCAAGGAGAUGGCAGAGAAGUCUGUCGAGGUACCACUGGGGCUCCUCUUUAAGGACGAGAACGUCACGGGUGAUCUUGUAGACAUUUUACUUCACCUGCAGAAUGAGUAUGUGCCAAAGCGUGGGGAGAAGCUUUGCCCACUUUUUGCAGGAGGUGACCGGCUUCAGUCUGUGAAUUCCAGUGUGUUCAGGGG